GCCUCGUGCGCGUGAUGUGUGAUGACUUCCGACUCGAAGAAAAGGAGGCGAGACGUUUCUGCUGCAGGCGGCGAGCUGUGGUGGACGGAACGGGUCGUCACGGAAGCCCAGGCGGAACACCCGGGCGAACUGGUGAGGACGGGCAGCCCGUACUUCCUCUGCUCGGCACUGCCGUCCCACUGGAGGUCCAACAAGACGCUGCCCGUCGGCUUCAAAGUAGUCGCCCUCGGCGAGGUGAUGGACGGGACGGUCGUCACCGUCAGGGCGGGCAACGACGAGAACUACUGCGCCGAGCUGAGGAACUGCACCGCAGUCAUGAAGAACCAAGUGGCCAAAUUCAACGAUCUCAGGUUCGUCGGACGGAGCGGAAGGGGCAAAAGCUUCACGUUGACGAUAACGGUGGCAUCGUGCCCUCCCCAGGUGGCAACGUACAACAAAGCGAUAAAAGUCACCGUGGAUGGGCCGAGGGAACCCCGUUCAAAAACGACAGGUCAGAACCAGCAAUUCCGGGCACUUGGGAUCGGGCAGAGACCUUAUUUGGAGGCACCAGGAAACUUCCAGCAACGAGAGAUGAGGCUAAAGCAGGAAACCCCGACGGACCCUUUCAAGCAUCUGCCGUCGGUCCAGCACGAGACUGCAAACAUGAACGAUAACUGCUUGAGCGGUUACACCCCUUCGUGCGGAUACAAUGCCCCAGGAUAUGGGAUGGGUGCUAUCGAUACAAUCCCGGAAACUUCACCUUACCAACCCCCGAACAAUGUGAUGGACACGAUAGAUUACGGUGGAUACAAGGCGACUGGCGAAUUGGAAGAUUGUCAUAAUUACGACCCAGGAGGCUACUGGAGCGGCGGGAACUACAACUACUACCCCAGUGGGCAGCCACCCCCGAGCCAGCACUACACCCCUUCAAUGGUGCUUUACCCCUCGCUCUACUCGACGGUCAACCAAAACCAAAUCCACCUCCAUGUUCACAACGUCGGCGACUACAAGCCGGCUGAACAGUACCCGGAGGACGUGACGACCAUCGUCUCACCCAAUAACGUCACCAUCAGCCUGGGCAACCGAUCGAUGGACAAUGUUAUACACGAUCAGCCUCAGCAGUACGACCGCCAGCACGGGGACCCCUCCGUCUGGAGACCGUACUGAACUACAAAUUACAAAAAAAAUAAUCAUAAUCGUGUAAAUAUCUAUCGAAAACGCGGUGAAUUAAAAAAUGUAGAACCAAAGAUUUUUCAAUAAUAUCAAAAUGUCGGGUUGUAAUAUGUACCAAUUUCUCAUCUAUUAAUAAUUUACAACUUUCUCGUCUUUCUUUUAAUUUUAAUUGAACAGAUAAUCAAUAGACAUAGUAAAUAACGCGGUUAAAGUGUUGUGUCAAAGCAAUUCAUUUACUCAGUUGUUAAGGCACAUUUCAAUAUUUUGGGUAAUUCACUAAUUUCGUGGUCCGCUUGACCAAUUAAUAUAUUACGAUUAAUUAAGG